AUGGGGCCUGUAUACUUAUUUGGGCCUGUUAUAGGCUUUAACCCUCGUGGGCCUAUACGCACUGAUGAUUCAUUUACGGUUCUCCUCAUCUAUGUUGAUGACAUUGUUUUGACAGGAGACAAUGUUGCUGAAAUCCAACGUGUUAAACAUGCUUUGGAUUCUCAAUUUCGGAUUAAGGACAUGGGAUCAUUGAGAUUUUUUCUAGGCCUUGAAAUUUCUCGAAACAAAAGUGGGAUUGCUGUCAACAAAAGGAAAUAUGCUUUUGAAAUUCUAUCUGAUACUGGUUUAUUGGGAGCCAAACCAUCAUCCACUCCUAUGGUUCCUUCUCUUCAUCUCUCUCACACUAAUGGCACUCUUCUUUCUGAUGGAGAUGCUUUAUCCUAUAGACGUCUUAUUGGACGUCUUCUAUAUCUCACCACAACAUGCCCAGAUAUCUAUUUCUCAGUUCAACAACUUAGUCAGUUUGUUGGUGCACCCACUUCCACUCAUCGUGUUGCAGCUACCCGUGUUCUUCGUUACAUAAAAGGGACACCUGCUACUGGUUUAUUUUUUCCUUCACAUAAAUCCUUACAACUCAGUGGGUUUACUAACUUAGAUUUGGCCUGCUGCCCUGAUACAAGGAGAUCCAUUACUGGAUUAUGUAUUUUCUUAGGUUCCUCAUUUAUUGGUUGGCGCUCCAAGAAGCAACCUAUUGUUUCUCGAUCGUCUAGUGAAGCAGAAUAUAGAGCCCUUGCUACUAUGACUUGCAAACUCCAGUGGAUCACUUAUAUCCUUCGAGAUCUUUGUGUGCCUUGUUCCACUGUUGCGCAUGUUUACUUUGACAACAUUUCUGCUAUUUGUCUUGCCAAAAAUCCCACGUUACAUGAACAUUCUAUGCAUAUUGAAAUAGAUAUUCACGUCACUCGAGAAAAGCUUCAAGUUGGCUUGCUAUGGCUCUUUCCUGCUACCUCUUAUGACCAACUUGCUGACAUAUUUACUAAAGCCUUACACCCUUCCUCUUAUUUCUCCAUUAUUGCCAAGCUAGGGCUUCGUGAUGUUCACUGCCCAGCUUGUGAGGGGUGUUGA